AUGAGUUCCUGGUACAUCUUGCCCUUCUUGUUUGCCAUUUGGGAGGUCAACCAGCAUCCGAGGCUCUUGUCCAAUGUCACCCUGGGCUACAACAUCUACGAGAACUUUUUCAGUGCAAGAAUGACAUAUGAGGCCCUGGUAGACCUGCUGUCUGUUGGGCAGCAGCAUGUUCCAGGCUACAGCUGUGGAAGAGGGACUACUCUGUUGGCUGUCCUUGAGGGGGCCAACUCUGAACUUUCCAAGCAGAUUUCAACCAUGCUUGGCCUCUACAAAAUCCCACAGCUUCACCCUUUCCUGAAAAACUUCCAGUCUUGCAAUGCUUCCAUGCCUGGAAUGUAUUUGGAUGAAAAUGGGGAUCUGGCAGCUGAUUUUGAUAUCCUGAACUGGGUGGUUUUUCCCAACAAGUCCACGGCUGGGCUGAAUGUGGGCAGCAUAGAGAGACAGGCCUCCUCCAAGAUUCAGUUUGUCAUUGAUCCAAGUGCCAUUAGGUGGCCCCAGUCAUUUAAUCAGACAGUGCCCUUUUCUAGGUGCACAAGAAGUUGCCAGCCUGGGUAUGCUAAGACGGUUGAGGAAGGCAGGCCGGUCUGCUGCUACGCAUGCGUCCCAUGUUCUGAAGGGGCCAUUUCCAUGCAGGAAGAUGCAGACCGAUGCUCCAAGUGUCCAGAGGACCAGCAUCCAAAUCGGGACCGAGAUCAAUGCAUUCCAAAGCGGAUCAGUUUCCUCUCCUAUGAAGAACCUUUGGGGAUCUCCCUGUCUCUCAUUGCCCUUUCCUUGUCCCUCAGCACCAGUCUCAUUCUGGGCAUCUUUGUUAAAUAUCGAGACACAACUAUAGUCAAGGCCAACAACUGUGACCUCACAUACAUACUCCUUGUCUCCCUCCUGCUUUCCUUCUUGUCCUCCUUUCUAUUCAUUGGGCAGCCCCAGAAGGCAACCUGCCUCUUCCAACAACCCACCUUCAGCAUCAUCUUCUCUGUUGCGGUCUCCUCUUUGAUGGCCAAAACGGUCAUGGUGGUGGCAGCAUUUAUGGCCACGAAGCCAGGAAACAGGAUGAGGAGAUGGCUGGGGAAGGGUCUGGCAAAUGUCAUUGUUAUUUCUUGCUCGAGCAUUCAAGCGGGCAUCUGCCUUCUCUGGCUGGGAAUGUCUCCCCCUUUCCCAGAUUCUGACAUGCAGUCCCAGCCUGGGCAGAUCAUCCUGCAAUGCAAUGAAGGGUCGACCACCUUGUUUUAUACUGCCCUCAGCUACUUGGCCUUUCUGGCUGCUGUCUGUUUCACGGUGGCCUUCCUAGCCAGAAAGCUUCCUGGGACAUUCAAUGAGGCCAAGCUCAUCACCUUCAGCAUGCUGGUCUUUUGCAGCGUGUGGGUGUCCUUUGUGCUGGCCUACCUGAGCACCAAAGGGAAAUACAUGGUAGCUGUGCAGAUCUUCUCUAUCUUGGCCUCCAGUUUGGGGUUAUUGGGUUGUAUCUUCAUCCCCAAAUGUUACAUCAUUAUCCUGAAACCAGAACAUAAUAGCAAACAGCAUCUAAUGAUGAAAUCGUAG